AUGCAGACCGGACGAUUGACGCUGGUUUUGGCAGCGCUGACUCUGCUGGGUUGUGCCCGGGCCCUGACGUUGGUCAUCUCGACGGACCUGAGCUACUUCUUCGGCAACAAACCACCCAACAAUGUGCUGUGCUACACGACAGCCAUUCGCAAGCCCACCAUCCUGCCGGUGACGGUGACCCGCACGGACCCGAACGGCAAAGCCAUAAACUUCGUCACGAUAAACGCCGAAAAGUACUCGCCGAUAGGGUUCACGGUCGACAUGACGAGCGGACAGCUCGGUACCAGCUCGAUCGGCUACAAGAUAAACGGGCCGAUUGCGCUUCCGUACGCCAUCAUCAUUAACAUGUACUGUACGCCAUAA